AUGCCCAUGUUAUCUGUUAGGUCAAAUGACCAAAUGCUCGAUUCUAAGGGUCUGAUCUGCGCCGAGGGUGACCUAUGGAGAGAACACCGGAAAUUCGUGUUGGGUUUCAUGAGAGAUCAUGGGAUGAGGACUACUGCUACCAGGGAUAUUAUGGAACCCAAAAUUCACGCCGUGGCUGACCUUCUAACGCAGGAGCUGGGUGAGAGCGGGGGGUCACCAGUGGACAUUUCCAGCAGGUUGCUCCAUCACGUGGGGAACACCAUGAACCACCUCAUCUUCGGCGUCACCUACCAGGAGAACGACCCGAAGUGGCGCUGGCUGCGUCACCUGCUGGAGGAGGGCACUAAGAUGGUCGGCGUGGCGGGGCCCCUAAACUUUCUGCCCUGGCUUAGGUUCCUGCCGAAGUACCGUCGCGUGAUCAGUUUCAUCACGGAGAACCAGAGCAAGACCCACCAGGAGUACCAGGACAUUAUUGAUCAACACGAGAAAACCACCUUCUCUAACAGCCUUCUUGACGCUCAGCAAGUUGUUACGACGGAUAGCGUCGUCUCUAUGACACUGAGACGAAACCGAGAAGACUCUACCUCAGGUAGAACAAACCAAGAGAACUCGCCUCCAGCUGGAGUAGACGAGGGCAGCUCAGAGUCGACGUCUUCACAGAAGGUUCCUCUGCACAUAGUUGACGCAUACGUCAAGGAGCGGCAGACUCGGGGUCACAACACCGGGUCCUUCACCUACGAACAGUUGCACCACGUGGCCGCUGAUCUGUUCGGUGCUGGCACAGAGACUACCUUAACCACCCUAAAGUGGCACCUGCUCAACAUGGCGCUCUUCCCCGAGGCUCAGGAGGUGACGAUUGAGGGUUACAGUGUUCCCAAGGGCACGAUGCUGCUGCCGCUGCUGUGGCAGGUACACCACGACCCUGACACCUGGAGUAGCCCAGACCUGUACCACCCCCAGAGGUUCUUGGACGACCAGGGCAACGUCAUCCGUCACCCAGCCUUCAUGCCCUUCCAGACAGGUCGCAGGAUGUGCAUCGGGGACGAGUUCGCUAAAAUGAUCCUUUUCAUCUUCGCUACAAAAAUUCUUCAGCGGUUCAGGGUUGGCCUCGAGGAAGGUCUGAAGGAGGAUCCAUCCCAGGACCCUGUCUCUGGCAUCUCACUCUGCCCAAGACCCUUUAAGUUGGUCUUUACUCCUAGAGUAGCUCCUUAGACCUUACUCAGACUCUUC